AUGCUUGAGCCACAGAUAUAUCAAUUGACCGUCGGGUCGGCCUUCCACGGCCUGAGCGGCGAGGAGCAACUCUAUGCACACUACAUGGCUAAAGCAGCAUGGAGUGGCACCAGAGUGAUUCUCCGACAAGUAUCUCCGGAAGCUAACGACAUCUACGAUCUCAUAAUGGCGUUGUAUCAUAAAUGUGAUGGGAAUUGGGAUACUCUCGCGACGGAGGCACAGGUUGAUCCCACUGAAGUUGGAAAGUUCCUCAGUUACGCUGCAACGUUCUUGUCUAAUAUCGGGAAUCAUUUCGGCUCUGGAGACCAGAAAAUUUGGCCGGAAUUAUCUAGCGAGAGCCUCGGGAAGCUAGCUUCACUCUCAAAGAGCACUAAUGCUAUAUUUAACCGCAUCAAUGAAGCUAUGUUCGCAGAGGCUCCCAGUAGCCUGGACUUCCCCGGUCGUUUCACACAAACUGCCUAUUAUCUAGGAAAUGAAUGUUUGGCAUCUCGGGAAGAUCUAAACGCUGUAUCAAAUGUUAUGGAGGAUAAUGCCAUACUACCAGAGAAUACUCGCCUGAGAAGACCCGAUACCCUUGAGAAUCCCAGUUACGAGAUCCUGCAAGCAUCAGAAGCAGUUCAACACGCCUCGAACGAUACUCAAAAACUGAUGCUGGAAAAAAUACAUAGAAGCUUCUUGACCGGCGAUCUUAGAGACUAUAAAGAAUUUGUUGAGCCGUACAGAGACCCUUUAGGUGUCCGUGCGGAGUUUGAAGGAAUUGUCGGAAUAGCGGACACUGCAGAAACGAGCGGACUGCACAAACUUGCAAGCACGGCCAACAGUCUUGCCUACAGGCUUCCAUGGGUGGAGGGUCAUGGAGAAUUAAAAGGACCCUUUGAAAAGGAAAUGUUCGAGCCCCCGGAUUUUUCGAGUGUUCAAAGUCUGCAUAUGGUCGAUCCAAAUGAGCAGGACACAUUCAAAAAACACAGAUUCUACUCGUACUAUAUUUGGGUGGUCCUGCAUCAAAUACUGGGACACGGCACCGGAAGGUUCCUAAGCGAAACAUCUCGGAACAGCUUCAAUUUUGAUCCUCAGAAUCCACCACUAAAUCCAUUGACCGGGAAGCCGAUUCAAAGCUGGUAUCAUCCGGGACAGACAUGGUCUGGUGUUUUUGAAGAUCUGUCGACUACCGUGGAUGAAUGCAGGGCAGGACUUGUUGGUGCUUAUCUGAUUGACGAACCGCAAAUUCUAGAGCUCUUUGGAUAUACCAGGCAAAGCGAUGUUACGGCUGAUGACGGUAGUUAUUAUAGUAUGUACUUACAGCUGGGCGUAGACGGCUUGCGAGGCUUAGAAAACUACGACCCAACUACAAAAAAUUGGGGCCAGGCGCACAGUAGAGCUCACUAUGCGAUGCUCCGACAUCUUCUCCGCGACAGCGACGGCCUGUACACGAUCCAGUGCGACCCCGAAACCAAGCGUCUGACAGUAAAAAUACGUCGUUCUGAGGUUCUUCAGAAAGGCAAACCAUCUUUGGGCCGCAUGCUCCUACAUCUACAUAUCUAUCGGUGCACGGCAGACAAAGACAGCUGCCGCAAGUUGUACGAGGACUUGUCGCACGUGGACGAAGAGGCAUUGGCGUGGAGGGAUAUUAUUAUUUCCAAGAAAGACCCUCCUCUGGUAUUUUGCCAUGCGAACACAUAUGUCGAGGACGAGGAAGUGAAAAUGAAGGAAUAUGAGCCGACAGCUUGCGGGGUUAUUCAAAGCUGGUUUGAGCGAGAAAUUGACUUGAAAAGUAUAUAG